AUGUUUUUGAUGAUGACGUUGAUGAACUCAGCCUUCAAAACAAAGAAUGGAGAUACAAUAUGGAAAAGCGAGCUAAGGGAUGGGACUGGAAUGGACAAUGUGGUUUUCUAUCAGGACGGUUUCAGAGAUGGAAUUGACGCUGGCAAGGAGGCUUCCCUUCAGCAGGGUUUCAACUUGGGCUACAGAGAAGGAGCUGGUAAAAUGAAGGCUAUUGGUCAAUGCAAAGGAAUCCUUAGUGCCCUGCGGUGUUGGAGUCAGUCCCAGCCCUCAGUGAGCUCAGAGUCCAUCACACAGCUUCUUCAGAGAGUAGAGAAAUAUGAAGAAGGCCUAUUUGAGGCCAUGCGCAAAUCCCAAGAGCAGCCUCCUCCCAGCGUAUCAGAGCUUGUUGGAGAUAUGGAUGACCUGGGUAUGGAUCAGAGUGAUCAUGGACUCUGCAGAAACGAUAAAGACGAUGAAUGUUGCCGGAAAGGACAGAGCGACUGCUGUGGACUUGUCAAGGACAUUAAUGAAAGUUCAGCUAGGAUUCAUACUGAGACUUUGUUUUUGAAUAGGGAGAGCCUGGGGCAGUUACUUCACAGGUGUGUGGAGCUUGUGACUGAAAUGGGACUGCCUGAAGAGCUGAGGCUCCAUAUUCAACAGCUCAGACACGCAUCUGUUUAAAUUUAUUACAAGAAGAGUGAGCUUCAGUUUCAAUACUUGGUGUCUCUGUGGUAAU